AUGACGAAGAGGCCGGACCGUGAUGUGGAUGCAGAUGCUUGGAGAAGCUAUUACUUAUUCGUCGCCAAGGCUUGCCAGGUCCUGGGGAUCGCCAUUGAACCUAGGGAGGUUCGGCAGCAGGUCCUGAAGGUCAUGCUGGAGGCCUUCCCGGAGAAACGGAUACAAGUGGCGUUUGAGAGGAUAUAUGAAGACGAUAAAUGCGCGUCGAUCGACGUCGCUGAGUUCGUGAAGGACGCGGCGGCUAAAGGCAUGCGGUCUGUCCAGGCCUGGGCAUUAGGGCAUUGUCUGGGAGAGUUUCAGGAGGUGCUAGCAUGCUAUUUGGACGCGCCCCAGCUCAGUGAGGAUAUAUUCGACGAUAUCAUUCGCAGUGAUGACCCACAGAUCUCUCGGGGCAUCCGGACGGCUGCGCUGGCGUUGGUCCGAAGGCUCAUAGAAUUGAACCCGGCAGAGACUGGGCGGCUCUUUAUGGAUGGCACUCUUGAAUUGGAGGAGUCGACCGGGCCUGUUGUGAAGCUUGGGGACAUUUCUGAUGACCUCUACUGCGCAUUUUUGUUGCCGCUGUUGAACCCAGACUCGUCGUGGCGGAACGCUGAGGGUCGGAGGAAGUUCUAUCGCGCCCAUGCGAUGACCGGGCUGGAGCUGCUACUACGGACUGAUCGUCAGUCGGGCGUCUCGAAGUUCCUACUUAGAGCUGAUAAGGACGCUAUACCGCUGGACCAGGCACGAGAGCUGUGCCAGAGGUACUCGAGCAUUCAGGGCAUGCUCUGCCUGUGUGAGAAGGCCGAGGACGAUGAUGGUGCUGUGACCACUGUACUGGACGCUCUAGCCAAGGCUCAGGAGGAGUCUCAGAAACUCGAGUUGGUCUCGCUAGCAGCGGAUUAUACCCUCAGGCGAGCGGAGAAGCUCCAGCCGGAGCAAAUUUCUAAGCUUUGGAUGCCCUGUUUGGCGAUGGCAUGUGACGACUUGCAGAUUUCGGAGAUGCUCCUACGCAAGGGGGGAGUAUUGGAUUUGGUCCCCGUGGGUCAGUCUAUUGAGACGCUGCUUCGGAAGCGGCCGGGCCGACGAGUGGACGAUGAUGCCCUACGGAAGCCGCUGGUGAGCCUCUUGGGCGGUAUUGGUUUUUCCUACUCAUUGGCAGAGGCGACCGAAGAUAUAUGCCGACAGGACGCUAGUAAGCUGUUCUCUGACUUGGUGUCUCGGCAGAGUCGUGCCCUCAGCGUGGGCUCGGUCCUCUGUCAAGGUUGUCAGAGGCCCCUGGUGGGUGAAGGGAAUAUCUCUGGCAAGGUCACCAUUUUCGACUGUGGCCAUACGUAUCACGACAAGUGCUGCCAGCCCGAGCCUGACGAGAUGAACCCGAGUCCAACACUGAGGGAGUGUAAACUGUGUCGGUGGGGGUAG